UCAUAAACCGUCGCCGGAUCCGCUGCUUAUGUGGCUCGCUAGUGCUAACAGCUGCAUUUAUACAGUUUGUUUUCGUAUAAUUUAAUUUAAGUGCGUUUCAUCAAAGUACCAGAAAUGUCUUUAGAAACUGUUCCAAAGGAUCUGCGUCAUUUAAGAGCGUGUCUGCUGUGCUCUCUAGUCAAGACUAUUGAUCAGUUUGAGUAUGACGGAUGCGACAACUGCGAGUCAUAUCUGCAGAUGAAGGGCAACCGAGAGAUGGUGUAUGAAUGUACAAGCUCUUCAUUUGAUGGUGUUAUUGCUAUGAUGAGCCCAGAAGACAGCUGGGUGGCAAAAUGGCAAAGAGUUGGUAACUUCAAGCCAGGUGUCUAUGCAGUAACAGUAACGGGUCGGUUACCUCCAGGUGUCGUGCGAGAGCUGAAAAGCAGAGGUGUCAUCUACCGGUCCAGAGACACAGCUGUUAAAACAUGAGCACAGUUUAUGGUCACAUGUUUGUAAAGAGGUUGAUAUUGCUACAGUUUGCUGCUCCACAUCGGACAUCACUGGCUUUCUUUGUGAUUCCUGUUCUGUUAUUGCUUUUUUUUAUAUUUUUCACUUCUUGCAUUAUGACUUGGUAAUGGAUAUUUGGAACGGGCAUUUGAAGGAGAAAUGCUUGUUUUGAUUAUUCCAUGCAACAGUGUUUAAAUGUGAAUAAAUGUUUAUAAUCAACA